GACGCCGACUUCGAAAACAAGCCCAUGAUCCUGCUGGUGGGCCAGUACAGCACCGGGAAGACCACCUUCAUCAGAUACUUACUGGAGCAGGAUUUCCCAGGCAUGAGGAUUGGCCCAGAGCCCACCACUGAUUCCUUCAUCGCUGUGAUGUAUGGGGACACAGAGGGCAACACCCCAGGGAAUGCUUUAGUUGUGGACCCCAAGAAGCCGUUCCGAAAGCUUAGUCGCUUUGGAAAUGCUUUUCUGAAUCGGUUCAUGUGCUCCCAGCUGCCCAAUCAGGUCCUGAAGAGCAUCAGCAUCAUCGACAGCCCCGGCAUCCUGUCUGGGGAGAAGCAGCGCAUCAGCCGAGGGUAUGACUUCUGCCAGGUCCUGCAGUGGUUUGCUGAGCGGGUCGACAGGAUCAUCCUGCUCUUUGAUGCCCACAAACUGGACAUCUCAGAUGAGUUCUCAGAGGCCAUCAAGGCUUUCCGGGGCCAGGAUGACAAGAUCCGUGUGGUGCUGAACAAAGCCGACCAAGUGGACACACAGCAGCUGAUGCGGGUCUACGGGGCCCUCAUGUGGUCCCUGGGCAAGGUCAUCAAUACUCCUGAAGUGCUGCGGGUCUAUAUCGGCUCCUUCUGGGCACAGCCCCUGCAGAACACAGACAACCGCCGGCUCUUUGAGGCCGAGGCCCAGGAUCUCUUUAGAGAUAUCCAGAGUCUUCCCCAGAAAGCCGCAGUGCGCAAACUCAAUGACCUCAUCAAGCGAGCCCGGCUGGCCAAGGUACACGCCUACAUCAUCAGCUACCUGAAGAAGGAGAUGCCAAAUGUGUUUGGAAAGGAAAACAAGAAGCGAGAACUUAUCGUCAGGCUCCCAGAAAUCUACCUUCAGCUGCAGCGAGAAUACCAGAUUUCUGCAGGGGACUUCCCUGAGGUCAAGGCAAUGCAGGAACAGCUUGAGAACUAUGACUUCUCCAAAUUCCACUCGCUGAAGCCCAAACUGAUCGAGGCUGUGGACAACAUGCUGACCAGCAAGAUCUCAUCGCUCAUGAGCCUCAUCACGCAGGAGGAGAUGAGCAUGCCCACGCAGAUGGUGCAGGGCGGCGCCUUCGACGGCACCACCGAGGGUCCCUUCAACCAGGGCUAUGGGGAGGGGGCCAAGGAGGGCGCCGACGAGGAGGAGUGGGUUGUGGCCAAAGACAAGCCCAUCUACGACGAGCUCUUCUACACCCUGUCGCCCAUCAACGGCAAGAUCACAGGCGUCAAUGCCAAGAAGGAGAUGGUGACCUCCAAGCUGCCCAACAGCGUGCUGGGCAAGAUCUGGAAGCUGGCCGACUGUGACUGUGACGGCAUGCUGGACGAGGAGGAGUUUGCGCUGGCCAAGCACCUCAUCAAGAUCAAGCUUGACGGCUACGAGCUUCCCAACAGCCUGCCCUCCCACCUCGUGCCCCCCUCGCAUAGGAAGUCCCUGCCGAAGGCUGACUAGAGAUCACCGCAGAACAGAGAAGGCGGGCAGGGCAGUGGGUGGGCACCGGGGGACCUGCACCUGAGGCCUGCUCUGCCACGGUCUGCUGAACAGCCUCAGGGAGAGCACUGCCCACUCUGUGCCUCAGUUUCCCCAUCUGUGGGAUGAUCAGGCCAGACUCUGGACACCAGAGGAGGUCCUUUCACCUCUAAAAUUCUGAGUUUCAAUUAAAAUAUUAGGGUGAGGGGAAAUGGAUAAGGAGAUGGGAAGUUUGAGAAGAAAGGGAAAUAUUCCAGAGCACCCAGAAGCCUGGAAGAUUGCAUGUCUACAGGUGGGCUUGGUGGGCUUCUGGGCCUGGAGAGAGGGCUGGGGGCCUUGCCCGGGGCAGAUGAAUGUGUGGGGCCAUACUGGGUUCUUUGUCAUUGGGAACAGUGUCUCAGCACUGUGUGUCCCUCAGAGAGCACCAAGAGGCAGCAAAGAUGAUCUUAUUUAUUUUGUUCCUUGUGUUUCCUGCUAUAUUUAGGGGAGAGAAAAAAGCAGAAGGUUCCCACUCCCUCCAGACUAUUUACCAAAGAGAAGGCCCAGGUUUGUCUGCUGUGCCCCUCUCCUAGGUAAGUGGGGCACGUCAGUCCCAGGCCCCAGUGCCCGCCCCUGCCAGGCCUCCUUCCUGGGUGCUCCUGGCAAAGAUGUACUUGAUAAGGGAUUUGGAUCUCACAGCCUCUGUGCACCCCCGCCAAGACCUCUAGUUGUCAUUUCAAGUCAUUUUGAAGUCUGACAAUUAGCUUUUCUUACCAGUUUGUCCAGUAGAUUAUAGCAAAUCUAUUUAUCAGGCUUAAACCACACUGAGGGGAGACUUUCUCUCAUUAUUUAGUGUAGUCUCCAUCCCCUAAGGCUCCUGGGUGGGACUUGAACUCAGCAGAACCAUGCCUUGGUGUGUGCAGUGUCGAGAAUAUACAAGGAGAGAUGAUUCUAUGAGUUAGACACUGUUUUGUAGAAAAAUAGGCACUUUUAUUAUGCCCACUUGUUUUUCUUUAUAAAAGGCUGUACACAGACAUGUUUUAUAUAAACCCCUUUCUUCAAAGCCAUGUGGCUUGCUCAUGAAUGCCAUCUUGAGGCAGGACUUGGCCACUGGCUCUUGGGUGUGUUUCCCAAAUCCUCAGGUUUACCUGGGCCACUUGCUCAUACUCCUAGGUCAGGUGGGGCCACUUGCAUCUCUGCCCUCCUUGCUCUGAGGGAGAGGGCAGCAGGUGCCUCUUACUGUUAUUUAUGCAAUGGGAGAGAUUCACGGAGCAGCAAAGUCUGAGUGGCCUGGGUUUCGUCAGUGCCAGAAAUGAGUGAAAUCAGACAAGUCUCACUCAGCCUUCCAAAAGCCACAUUUUCACCCUUGUUUCCCGUUUUGCCUGCCUCUGGUGACACCAGGGUCAAAACUAUGCAUCUAAGAAAAAAAUAUUUAGCCAGGCAUGGUGGUGCAUGCCUGUAAUCCCAGUACUCAGGAGGCU